AUGGACAAGAAAAUUGGCGAGUUCAACUCUGCUGCUGAAGAGUUUGGAGCUCAAGCCGAUUUUCUCUUAGUGUACGUGAAGGAAGCUCAUCCGACUGACGAAUGGGCUUUAGGUUUCAACAAAUUUAAUUAUAAACAACAAAAGAAUCUGAACAGUCGUCUAGAAACAGCAACACAAGUUCGACAUUAUUUCAAAAUUAAAACACCAGUGGUAGCAGAUACUAUGAGUAAUGUGACGUGUGUCUCCUAUUCCGCUUUUCCUAUUAGAGUUUGUAUUAUCAAGGAUAACCGAAUACAGUUUUUAACCCAUUUUGAUCCCAUGGGGGGAAGUUAUAACAUCUUUGAGCAAGUGAAACAGAUGCUCUAA